AUGAAAUUUCACUGUAAACAAAUUUAUGGAAGCGGAAAGAGCAACGGUACUCUGAUUGCCUACUCCACAAUGUCGUCAUUAUCUGUGAAACCGUGGUCUAAUUUGGAGCGUUUGACGUUGUUCCAAUUCUACAAAGAAGAUUCGAAAGAUAACUGGCAUGUUCGUGCUGCGGAGGAACUAAAUGCCACAAGGAAAGAGCGUAUUGAAGACCGCCCUAAAGGAUUCUUCACCCCCGCUAACUGUAAAGCUGAAUUUGAUAAAGUAAUGUCCGAACCAUGCCCUUCUGAUGUGCCAACUGGAGCUGACUACAGUAGAGCAGCAGUUGUAGAAGCGUGGCUAGCUCACUUCUGGGAGGAGGAUAGGAAAGAUGUAAAACAAUACGAAGAGUUGCAGAAUGUAAAAAUUCGCGGUUGGAUGGAUCGCAUAGUGUCACUACAGGCGAAUCGCGAUAAACUUACAGAUGAGCAGUAUGAAAAAUUGUACGAAGAUGUGGUCAGAGAGGAUGAGGAAGUUGACUUCGACGAGGAAGAAAGGGAAUUUCGAGAAUUGUACGCAAAAGUAUGUAUAAAACAUCUUAAAAAUGCCGACAGAAAAGAGGACGAAGAGUCAACUUCCCGUUCCGUAUUCCUGACUUCCCGUCUUCCUCCAACGAGACCUCCUGAUCAGUCACCGUUGGGUCCCAAGACUGCAUUCCGGUCGCCAUCACCGGGCAGUUCGCCUCUCAAAUCACCUAGCCAGUUUACUGAGGAUAGGGAAGAAUCGCAACUAGAUAUGAAAAUGGAAGAGGACAUCGUUGAAACUAUGGAAGUUGAUGAGUCUGUUAAGUUUGGCGAUGGUGAGGACGCUUCAUUCCGUGGCACCUUCUCGUCGCAUUCGGAUCAACAUACAAAACGACCGCGUGGAAGGCCUCCAAAGAAGUCUGUGAACGAUUCGUCCACACCAGUAAGGGAUAAUUCACCAUCCCCAACAAGUGUCGAAGGAUCAAAAUCUCCCGUCAGUUCUGAGACACGUCGAAGCAGCGUUCGAAAUGAAGCUUCAGCAUCUUCUAACACAGCCGAGAAAGACUCGAUCCAUGUCGUGGAUAGUCCUGCUGGGCGUGUGCGCGGAGCUAGACGACCGAUAGUUGUUGAUUCCCCGUUAGUCAAGUCAUCUGGCAGCGGACGUACUAGUGCUGGCGCAGAUGUUAAAAAGGAAGAUUCGAAGGAAGAGCUCAGGAGCCAAGUUCAAGGCGGUGAUACCACGUCUCGUCCAGUGACACUCCCAACCACUACCAUAGUGGUUGAUGAAUAUGGUGGUACAGGGGUACAAACUGCAUUAUCCAUUCGAAUGUCAUCAUGGAAUUCUUCGGAAAGUGACACUUCUAUGUCUCGAAAGUCUUCGAGAUCUGAUCGUAGAAGCACUCCGGUUACGUCAGUCCCCUCCACGAGCUCUUCAUCCCACUGCGACAUUGCAGUGCAAACAGAUAGAGUGAAGUUUGACGUUGAUGACGCAUUUGUCGUUGGAUAUCCAUUGGGAGACGUUGCUUUCGCCCCACCAACUUCCCAGUUACAUUCACGAGAGCUGAAAGAAGGCGAAGUGACAAGAUCGGCUCAUUGCUCAAACGAUCAGAGUUCACGAAUUGUGUCUUGGGAUAUUGCUUUGGACGGAUCUUUCCAAAAGAAAGAUGCCGUUAGAAAAGCAGAGGCGGCACUUUAUUUAGAAGAGUUGGCUCAAAUCUGGCACGUGGUCGUUCGUAAUUUCAACGAUCCACAAGCUAUAAAACAUUUGACGCUCAAUUUUAACGUUGGAGAUAUGAGCAAUGUGCCAUUAGUGGCAUCACCUCCAAAAAGAAUGCGGAAAGAGGAAAAAUCAUCUGGCUCAGCACCCACUCCCAAGGGUCGAAUGUUAUCCAUGUGGAACAUCCUUCAUGAACACAAACAUUCAGCCAUUUUCUUGCAUCCUGUGACGGAUAGGGAUGCACCUGGGUAUAGUCGUGCUGUUUUCUGUCCAGUGGAUUUAACUACUUUGAAGCGAGAAACCGAAUCCGGUGCCAUAUCGAAGGUCAAAGUUUUCCUUUCAAGAGUGUUUCUUAUGUUUGCGAAUGCGGCUAUGUUUAAUAGUACUGGUCAUGAUGUGAAUUAUUACGCAAAAGAGAUGUGCGAUUCCACAAUCGCCGAAUGCAUGUUUAUAAUGGAUGCAAGAUUUGACAGCUGUCGAGCACAUCAGCGUAGAAGCAGACAGGAUGAUUCAAAACGUAGGUCAAAUGUGACCUGUGCUGGUACGUCGUCUCGAACUCCGCAAAGGAGGAGGCAACAAUGA